AUGCCCAACCGCCAUGAAAUCGACAAAGACGGAGAUCUUAUUCUCCAGCUCAGUCGUGUGGGUCUAUACGAUGCCGAGGACGAGGUUGCUGAAGACGAGGCGAGCAGCGAGGACGCCGACGAGAAGCUCGCGAACUACGAACAAGUCGCAAACGAUGAACUCAGGGUGUCUUCCAAGGUCCUCGCCUUAAACUCUCCAGUCUUCAAAGCGAUGCUGGGGGGAAGAUUCAAAGAAGGCACGGAGCUCGCCGAGAACAUGGGGUCCCCAGAGCCAUACAGCAUCGAUUUCCCGGACGACGACCUCGAGGCCAUGACCAUUUUAUGCCAGAUUCUUCACAACGUCUACGUUUCCGAGAGACCAAAACCGAUAGGUCUCUCUCGGCUGGCUUCCAUCGGCGACAAAUACGAGUGCAUCAAUGCGUUGAAAUACUGCGGCAUGGUCUGGAUCCGAGACUAG